CUUUGCGUGCCGCCUGAAGGAACAGCCCUCCUCUCGUCCCGCUGCGCCGCACGCCCCACACAUGGCGGGCAGAGUGGCCGGAAUCGGGGGCCGGGGCUCUAAGGUGUGCGUUCUCUGUCUUGUGCGAGCAGCCACUCCGUGCAUCAAGGCCAUCAGCCCCAGUGAAGGCUGGACCACGGGGGGAGCCACCGUGAUCAUAAUCGGAGACAAUUUCUUCGACGGCCUGCAAGUCGUGUUCGGAACCAUGUUGGUGUGGAGCGAGCUCAUCACCCCCCAUGCCAUCCGUGUGCAGACCCCACCGCGGCACAUUCCUGGAGUCGUUGAAGUGACCCUGUCCUACAAAUCCAAGCAGUUCUGUAAAGGUGCUCCUGGGCGGUUUGUCUACACCGCCCUUAAUGAACCAACCAUAGAUUACGGCUUUCAGAGGUUGCAGAAAGUGAUCCCGAGACAUCCGGGUGAUCCCGAAAGGUUACCCAAGGAAGUAUUACUCAAGAGGGCGGCAGAUCUUGUGGAAGCCUUAUACGGGAUGCCCCACAACAACCAGGAGAUCAUCCUGAAGCGGGCAGCGGACAUCGCCGAGGCGCUUUACAGCGUCCCCCGCAAUCACAACCAGAUCCCCACCCUGGGCAACACUCCCGCGCACACGGGCAUGAUGGGCGUGAACUCCUUCAGCAGCCAGCUAGCCGUUAACGUCUCGGAGACGUCGCAAGCCAAUGACCAAGUCGGCUACAGUCGCAAUACAAGCAGCGUGUCCCCGCGAGGCUACGUCCCCAGCAGUACUCCCCAGCAGUCCAAUUACAACACAGUCAGCACUAGCAUGAAUGGAUAUGGAAGUGGCGCCAUGGCCAAUCUAGGGGUCCCGGGCUCGCCUGGAUUUCUUAAUGGCUCCUCCGCUAACUCUCCCUACGGCAUUCGCCUGGCAUCCAGAGAGCGGCCGAGCCGGCAGCGGGUCGCCCCUGCCCCGCUGGCCGCGGCGUCCCGGGCGGGGCCCCGCCAGCCCCCUCCCUGCGUGGUGUUGCCGUGCCGGCGCCGUGCGUCCUGA